CCGGGCCCAAACGUCCCUUUCCCCCAAGCUGUGUCUGUUCGGGGUGUUCCGAGUUGUCCUUCUCCUCAUGUUUGUCUCUUUUGCAACAUGGUGCUCCCAGGCAUCCAGUCCUGAGGUCUAGUGAUAUCUCUUUUGCCAUCUUGCUAUCAAACCUGGCGAAAAUGAGUGGGCAGAAAGGAACCAAGCAACCCUUCUGGCUCGGCCGCAUGCAGGUCCUCCAUACCCGAGCACCCAUGCUCUCGACCCUAUACCGGUUCGCUGUUCGUGAUGGAAUACCUUCACUGUGGUCCGGCCUUUCCGCUUCGGUUCUCCGACAAUCGACAUACUCGACAGCCAGGUUCGGUUUGUAUACCAUCCUGUCCCGCCAGAUGCAAAAGCGGUCCGGUGGUGCCAAGCCAUCCACCACAUCCACCAUAGCGUGUGCCGGUGUGGCCGGCGGGCUCGCUGGCGUGGUGGGGAAUCCGACAGAGGUUGUUCUCGUCCGAAUGUGUGCCGACGCCGCCAAACCACCGGCAGAGCGCUUUCUCUACUCGGACGCCGUGACCGCCCUCGUCCGGAUCGCGAGAGAGGAAGGCGUCAAAGUGUUUGGGAGGGGGCUGUCUGCCAAUAUCGUCAGGAGUGUCCUCAUGAACGUGUCCCAGAUCGCACCAUAUGCGGUCGCUAAAAAAACUAUCCUCACCCGCACCCGGCUGAAAGACGACAUCCGAACACACGCCCUGGCAUCUCUCUUCGCCGGAACAGCCGCCACGACAGCGUGCGCACCGGCCGAUGUGCUGAAGAGCAGAAUCCAAAGCGCUACCAAGGGCUCAACCGUCCUGCAGGUUGCGCGUGACGGCCUGAGGCAAGAAGGGCCAAUGUUCCUAAUGAAGGGGUGGACGCCAGCCUGGCUCCGCCUGACACCUCACACCGUCCUCACAUUCGUCAUCAUGGAAAAGCUCUCCGAGCUCGUCAGCAUGACGGCAGCCACCCCGGUGCCGGCUCGAGCAACCGCUUGA